GCGUCUCUCUCCAAUGGGAAAAAAGAACUGCUUUUACAGGACUGGGAAUUGGUUUAUCCCCACUAAUAAUAGCAUGGCAGGGGCGGGGCAGCCUAUCACGUGCUGCGGGAGGGAAUGGGGCGGGGUAGACCACUGGUUGCGGGUUGAGCUGGGCUCGCGGCGCGCAGGCGCCUUGGGGACCCGGUAGCGGCGGCGGCAGUGGCGGUGGCUGCGGUGACAGCAGUGGUUCCAUCCCUGCCCGGAGCAGGAGGCGUUGGUGGUGGUCAUGGCGGCAGAUGGAGAGCGUUCCCCUUUGCUCUCCGAGCCCAUCGACGGGGGCGCCGGUGGCAAUGGUUUAGUCGGGCCAGGCGGGAGUGGGGCUGGGCCUGGGGGAGGCCUGACCCCCUCCGCACCACCGUACGGAGCCGGUAAACAUGCCCCGCCCCAGGCAUUUACCCCAUUCCAAGAGGGACAUCCAGCCGUAUUGCCUGGGGAGGACCCACCUCCCUACUCACCCCUGGCCAGUCCUGAUAGUGGGAGUGCCCCCAUGAUCACUUGCCGAGUCUGCCAGUCUCUCAUCAACGUGGAAGGCAAGAUGCAUCAGCAUGUAGUCAAAUGUGGCGUAUGCAACGAAGCCACUCCUAUCAAGAAUGCACCCCCAGGGAAAAAAUACGUUCGAUGUCCAUGUAACUGUCUCCUUAUCUGCAAAGUGACUUCUCAGCGAAUCGCUUGUCCUAGGCCCUAUUGCAAAAGAAUCAUCAACCUGGGGCCUGUGCAUCCAGGGCCUCUCAGUCCAGAACCACAACCUCUGGGUGUCAGAGUUAUCUGUGGACAUUGCAAGAAUACUUUUCUGUGGACAGAGUUCACAGACCGAACUUUGGCACGUUGCCCUCACUGCAGGAAAGUGUCAUCUAUCGGACGCAGAUAUCCACGAAAGAGAUGUAUCUGUUGUUUCUUGCUUGGCUUGCUCUUGGCAGUCACUGCCACUGGCCUUGCUUUUGGCACAUGGAAGCAUGCACGGCGAUAUGGAGGCAUCUAUGCAGCCUGGGCAUUUGUCAUCCUGCUGGCUGUGCUGUGUUUGGGCCGGGCCCUCUAUUGGGCCUGUAUGAAGGUCAGCCACCCCGUCCAGAACUUCUCGUGAGCCCCACCAUGAUACACAGACUGUGCCUGGCCCCUCCCGUGGGGACAGUGACACUACAAAGGGAGCUGGAGUAAGGGCUCCCUGGGCUUCCAUAUAGGAAGCUAAGCAGCUGCCUUCCUUUUCCCUGGGGAGAGGUAGGAAGGAACCAGGCCCUCACUUAGGCUUGGAGGGGUGGAUAAAACCAGAUGGCCAUCUCUUCUCCUCCACAGGUUGCUGUGUUUUAAGGGUGGAGUAGGUGCAAUGUUGCCCCUAAUCUUGGGCUCUAAAAGACGAUUCUAGCCUUGUCCUUCCUAUAUGCUCCCUGAGAGCCGUUCCUGUCCCUUAUACAUUCCAGGGCAGGGUUGGGGUGGGUUAGCCCUGGGGGUCUCCUUCCCUCUUGUGCACCAUUAGGACCUUGCUGCUAUUGCACUUCACCAGGGGCUGGCUCUUGCCUCAGUACCCUCAUGAUGUCUCCUCUCCCCACAUUCCAUGUCCUGUGGGGAUGGGGUCAGCCGCUGCUCUGUACAGAACCACAGGAACUGAUGUAUAUAUAUAUAUGUAUCUAUUUAAUGUAGGGGUAUGAUCCCCUAGCCCUGGAUUUCCCUCAUUUCCUCCUUUUGACCUUCUUUACCCCAGUUGCAGUGUCUAUCUGGGCUGGGUAGGGUUGCUCUGUCUUGGGGGGAAAUAGGGACUCAUCUAUGCUUGUAAAUAAAUGAGGUCAUGAC